UGUAAACAAGUGUUGGUUUAAUAUUGUUUACCAGAAUAGAAUUGCAAUCUUUGAUUGCACGAAGGUGACUUCAGCAUCAUGGUUGGGGUGUCAGCUGUCGUAGGGUCUACGGUCCUGUUACUUCACAUGCUGGGAUUGAUCCAAGCAUCAGAAGGUCAAAAGGAGAUAUUUGCACUGGAUGGCAAGGGCCAACCAGUCGCAUGGUGGGUGGUCCUCAAACUGCCUUGGCAGGUGCGCGACGCGCAGGGCAAGUACAUUCCCACACCUUGCGACUGCGACAAGCCACAAUGCGCCAACGUCAAGGUGGACGUCCCUGAAGAGCGAAAGUUCGGUCUGUGCUACUUGUAUGCUGAUGCCAACAACCCAAGGUUGCGCCACUUUCGCGAUGUUGGAUACGAUUGUCUGGGCCAAGGCGGCAACGACCCCGUAAGCCACACGUUGCGUCAAGCAAAGAAUGCCACGUACUGGGCUAUCUUCAACGAUCAGUUCAACGGCAUUGCCGAGAAGCAGGAUAAGCGACGCGUGUGUUCCGGUGGGGACGCGUUCAACGCACACGCCAAGGGGGCGGUGGCCUUCGAGCUCGACUCGGGCGGGUACGUCCUGCAGUCGUCCACGCCCAACUUUCCCGACCCGACCAUCCCCACGGGGGAUUCCGACGACGACUUCAUCCGACUGGGGUGUCAGCAUGACAACAACGUCGAGUACGCUCAGCACUUGUUUGCCAUGUCCGUCGACGGGGAGGCCAUCAAAGCCGUGGGUCGCGGCUGGCAGUCGGCGCGGCUCUGCUCCACUAACCACUACCACGACAUGAGCCAGGUGCUGGCCAGCGCCGCACUGCGCCACAACGAGCUGGAGCACCCCAUGGCCGCGGCGCUGGUCGACCCUGACGCCGACGACGCUCCGUCCACCAACGUCACCGUGGUCACAAAGGUUGGAUCUGUGCGAAUUCGUGGGCUGUUCAAAGACAAAGCAUCGGCAGUGCCGCCGUGGGCGAUGGCCGCGGAAGCGUUCGGAACGGACUUGAGUGUGGCGUCGUGGUGGGACGAGAAUUUCGGCAUUCCCAGUCUGUGCGACGGCGAUGUCUAUGGAGCAGUCGCCGAAGCGUUUUGCUUGAAGAACAACCCCCUGACGCUGCGACCGGACGGCACAUUUCCGUACAACGUCGAGAACCUCAUGCAAGCGACGUACGUCGGUCGUACAUGUCUGGCAUACCCGGGUUUUACAACGAAGUCUCGUGCUUAUGACAAUAGGACUCCGUGGCGACUAUCCUGCGACGAUGCGGCGGCUGUGACGUGGUCGUUACGCGGAGGCCGCGUGCGCGAUGGCAACCACGCGAAAUGGGCAGUUGGCACUCCCCGAGGUGGUAGCACGAGUCCAACGUCGCAGGCGGCGUUGUCCAUCUUCGCCGACUUGAACAUGGAAGGGUAUCCAUGCUCCAAGAAGUGCAACGGGUCUCAAGGGGGUCGAGGUGGAUCCUUCUACGGCAUCGAAGACACUGUCCUCCAUGCAAGUUUGGUGGGCCUGGUCUCGGACGUGUGCAAGUGUCGACCGUCCACGUCCCACGACGAUCCAUUUGUGACGUUCCGCAUGUGUGAUCAUGGAUGCAAGAACAAGAUACACGAGGACUUCUCCAAGGACGACCUGCCCGCGCUGUCGAAUGCUUCAUCAUCGUUCUGGGGCACGACCGACCGCCGCCGACCUAUUGUGGAUGAUUCUGCUGUUGCCAACUCAUGAUGCGGAAGUUCCACGGAAGGAUUUGAACGUAGAUUAUCCGGAAUACCGGAUGAGGGUUAAAGGAAUGAAUGUUGACAGUUUUGCGUUUUGUGC